AUGUUACUUUACACGAAAGUAUUACUGACGCUGAAAACUUUUCCAACAAUGUAUAUAAGAAAUGAUGAGAUCUUAAUUGACACUUAUCAUAUGUACUAUAUUCCCAGGUGUAUAUUUUAUACUUUAAUACACUGGAUCAAUAUCAACUUAUUAAGAAUGUCCUUGGAAAUAAAUAAAGAAUCUAUUAUUAUGAACGAUUCGGUAGAAAAUCUACAACAUAAUUCUCUACAUCUAUUUACAUAUAAUCAAUACAUCUGGUAUAUUAGAUUCAGGUUGAAGGUUGGCCCCGGUGGUAGCAGUGUUCUUAUGCAGCUAUAUUAUUUGCUUUUUGGCGCUGCGAUAUUGAAUUGCUAA